UAAUCUUGUAAAGUCGUCUGUUUAAAAGCACCACGAUGCUGCUGUGGACCUCCAGACUUCUGCUGAUCAUCCUGACCUGUCCAUAUCCUUCACUGGGAUGUCCCUCUGGUUGCCGCUGCUACAGCCUCACAGUGGAGUGUGGCUCUUUGGGCAUCAAGGAAAUCCCACAAGAUGUGCCCGCCGUCACCGAGACCAUCUUCCUCCAGGACAACACCAUAAUGCAGAUCCGCCUUCAGGACCUGAGCCGUUUGGGUCGCCUCCAUUACCUGUACCUCCAGAAUAACAGCAUCUCUGCGCUGGAGCCUGGAGCCUUUCACAGCCAGGGUCAGCUGCUUGAGUUGGCCCUCAACGGUAACCUCAUCCAUCUGGUCACCUCAGAUAUGUUUCGGGGUUUGGAGCACCUCCGAAUCCUAUACCUGGCCAGCAACCAGAUCAGUCAAGUCCAGAACUAUACCUUUAGGGGACUGCAGCGCCUACAGGAACUCCACCUACAGGAGAACAGUAUUGAGCUGAUGGCCGAGCAAGCUCUAUCCGGAUUAUCAUCUCUGGCCCUGCUGGAUCUGAGCAGAAAUCAUCUCCGCACCCUGGGAGCCUCUUCGCUCAAACCACUGGUCAGCCUACAGGUGCUCCGUGUCACGGAGAACCCAUGGCGCUGUGACUGUGCUCUGGGCUGGCUGAGAACCUGGAUGAAUGAAGAUGGGCAGCGUCUGUUGAGCUCUGCUGAGCAGCGGCGGCUGAUGUGCUCUGAACCACCUCGCCUUUCACAUUUAAGUCUAGCGGAGGUCGCCCCCAACAGUUUGGUUUGUAUUCCCCCUGUGGUGCAGCUGGAGCCCAGCCACCUGACCGUACGAUUAGGAGAAACAUUACGGGUCUCCUGUCAAGCAUCGGGAUACCCUCAACCCCAGGUGACUUGGAAGAAAGCAUCCCAUGGCAAGGCCCAAUUAUCACCACGAGGCCUUGUUCAAGAGCUGGGACCCAAUGGUGAGCUCUUCAAGCCUGGGGUUGGAGGAGUGGUAACAGCCCUGCCCAGUAGUGGGAGGAAUAAAUUGGUAGGUGCUGGAGGGAUUCGUGGACUUGUACGUGGUAGGGAGGAGGGUGGAGAGAGGGACAGCUUUGACCCAGACAUGGGCAGUGGCAUGCUGUUCCUCAGCAAUGUAACAGUGGCACAUGCUGGGCGUUACGAGUGUGAAGCCUGGAACCCAGGUGGCGUUGCCAGAGUGACCUUUCACUUGGCUGUCAACAUGUCCUCUUCCUCAUACACAUCACAGUUCUGGCCACGUUUAAAUUCACACUCAUAUGUAUCCUCUUCAUCUAACUCAUAUCAGCCGGAGGUUCUUGAUGUAAGCCAGGAGCCAUUGUAUGAGCAGGAGAGCAUGGACUUCAAUGCUCUGGGUCCUGCCACACAAACAGCUAUUGCUGUAGGCAUCUCCUUGCUUGCACUUACUGCUGUUCUACUCUUGAUCAUGAUCUACACUCGUCACCAGCAGUACCAGAAAGAAGAAGAAGAAGACUCCUACUGUACCGGCAAAGAAAACAGUAUUCUCUAUGUGAAUGACAGACACACUACCUUUGCACAGCUGCAGGAGUACCGUGAUGACCACGGCCAUGAAAUGUACAUAAUCAACCAAACCAAGCCUGGCCUGGGAUCAACUUCAACCAGGUGUCCCAUGAUGAGCAGUUUUGUCCAGGAAACUAGUAUGAAAGAAGCCCUCCUCGAUCAUGAAAUGGUCCAGACUCUGACCAGAUCAGGGGGAAUUGGUUUUCACAGAAAUCCAGCAGAUGGAGGUGAGGGACCCCUAACCACAGACCCAGAGGAACUCUUCCUUAGGCAGAGUCUCCUCUUUGGAUCACAGGUUGCCUAUGAGAUCCACUGCUAAGGGGCUUUAAUGGUGUUCCAACAUUAAGCAACAUUUUGACAGACUUAAGUGAAGACAUCAUCUGCAUCUGCCAGAUGCAAAUUAUGGAAAAAUUUAUUAAAAGCAGCAAUCUAUGUUGUGUGUGACAGCACAACACAGUGGUUCAUGGGGAGAACCAGGUUUCAGACAUCAGUAAGUUUAACAUUAACAUGGAUCAAACAAAGGAACACCAACAACUACAAUGAACUUUCUAUCAGCAAACCAGACCUUUAAAAGGUAACUGUAAAAGGCUAAUCUGAGUCGAAAAGACUGAUAAAAGUAGAUGAAACUGCAGGAGAUACAGUACCCAGCAAACAAAUCCAUGCAAGGCCCAUGUGGGGCCACUGUGGACUGAAAUGUCAGCCCUCUUUGUGGAGCCCAUCCAAGGUCAACAACCAAUUAAAUUGUUUUUAGUGCUGUUAUAACUUACGCUUCAUUGGUGGCUACUGAUGCUGCUGGAUGAAAAUGAGCUUUUAGUGAUAUCUACUGCAAUAAAUGUAUUGUGCAUUGUCCCUGCUAAAUAAAAGAAAAUAAAAUAUUGGCUUAAGAUGUAGGCUGACUGUGAGCUGACCCAACACUCAUUUUAUUCUUUCAUUAAUUAACCAUGGG